UUCCAGAAACUCUCCUAAACAUGCCCUCCAAUUUCUCGCCUGAUUUUAGUUCUAACUGUACCUUUUUUUUUUUUUUUCAAUUCCUCUACAGAAAGCGAAUCAAAUAAAAUACGGUCUGGAAAGAAAAAAAAAAAAAGAGUGGUUUUCAUGAACUGAUUAUUUUAGCGUAAAGAAUUAGCAGUGAAGAGCCGCGAAAGUGUAAGGGGGCAAGUGUGAAAGUGCAAGACGCAAUUUGUUCUUCAUCUCUGUGCACCUUCCAAGAGAACAGGAACUAUACGCGCGAUGUAUGGAACUGCGUGAUCUUGGAUUUCCGCCUAGAGCCCUGGACUUGGACUCAACUAAACACGGUGUUGCGUAAAAGCGCGGGAAUAGGUGGGCACAUCCACAAAGGUAAGACCCUCGGUUUCUCGAGCAGCGGGUCUGCGGCCUCCUAGCUGCUGGAAGAUGCUUCGCGAACCAGACUUGGGAGGAAAGGGGUUAAGUCAGACCCCGACUUUCUACGCGCAACGCGCCCAGUUUUGUCUGUUUCAGUGAACGUCUCCCAGCCGGAGCCAGCCAAUGUGCGGCCGGGAGCGCCCAGGACCGCCCAGUGCAGGGGCGUGGCCUGCGGCUGUCACUCAGCGGUGAGGAAUGACACCCGAGCGGGAGGGGGGUCCGAAGGAACGCAGGGGAAGGAAAGAGAGAAGAAACAGAUAAAACCCAGGCAGGGGGUAAAAAGGUGCCCCGCGCCUCUCGGAAUCCCGCGGCCGCCGCGACCGCUGCCGCCGGGGGUGGGCUCCGGAAGCGUGGGCCCAGCGGGGAAGCGAGAGGACAAGCCAGGAGCGAAAUCCUGCAGGCGGGGAAGAGACAGAGGCGCAAAGAAAAAGUGACUCUGGGUCGUGCGCUCCGGAGGCGCUUAGGAGGGGACUGCAAGCCGCCGAGGGGCCCCCGCGGAUCCUCCCCCCAAUGCCCUCCGAGGGGCCGACCCCGGCCCGCCCCUCGGAGCGCUAGGCGAUGAGAUAAUUCAGCUGAGCUGCGAAAGAAGGGCGUCUGACUCUGGAUUGGGAGGGGGGGGUCUCCGGGCCGGGUGAAACUCGGAAGUAGGGGUGAGGGUCGGCGCUGAUCCCGGGCCAGAGCAGGGCGCGGGCUACUGGACCGCGCAGGAGUGGGCUGCCGGGGCUUCGCGCGCGCCGGGUUCACUCGCGCCGCGGCGCCCCGAGCGUUCCGUCCAGCUCGGAGCUGCCCCGCUUCCCAGCCGCCCGGCCGGCCGGCCGCUCCGGCCCGAGGCGCAGAUGGCUGUGCGCGGCGCCAACACCUUGACGCCCUUCUCCAUCCAGGCGAUCCUCAACAAGAAAGAGGAGCGCGGCGGACUACCCGCGCCGGAGGGGCGCCGGGUACCCGGGGGCACACCGGUAGCAGUGGCUGGGGCGCCUGCUGUCUGCUGCUGGCGGCUCUUUGGGGAGAACGACGGGGGCGCUCUGGGGGGCGCCGAGGACUCUCUGCUGGCGUCGCCUGCCGGGACCAGAAUGGCUGCGGGGCGGACCGCGGAGAGCCCGGGUGGCUGGGACUCGGACUCGGCGCUGAGCGAGGACAACGAGGGCGGGCGGCGCGGCGCUGACGCGCCUAGGGCCAGUCGGGCCGGCCGUGCGGGAGGGACCCUGGGCCUCGUCCAGCCGGUCUGCGAGCUGCCCGCCGCCAAGGACCUGGAGGAGGAAGCCGUGGGCCGGAGCGACAGCGAGAUGUCCGCCAGCGUCUCAGGCGACCGCAGCCCGAGGGCGGAGGACGACGGUGUUGGCCCGGAAGGCGCCCGCGUGCCCGCGCUGUGCAGCGGGGCGGGAGGUGGCAGCGGCGGCGGCGGGCCGGCGGGCGGCGCGGAGGAGGAGGAGGAGCCGGUGGCGCCGAAGCCGCGCAAGAAGCGCUCGCGGGCCGCCUUCUCCCACGCGCAGGUCUUCGAGCUGGAGCGCCGCUUCAACCACCAGCGCUACCUGUCUGGGCCCGAGCGCGCCGACCUGGCCGCGUCGCUGAAGCUCACUGAGACGCAGGUGAAGAUCUGGUUCCAGAACCGUCGCUACAAGACCAAGCGCCGGCAGAUGGCUGCCGACCUGCUGGCCUCCGCGCCCGCAGCCAAGAAGGUGGCGGUGAAGGUGCUGGUGCGCGACGACCAGAGACAGUACCUGCCCGGCGAGGUGCUGCGGCCGCCCUCGCUGCUGCCGCUGCAGCCCUCCUACUACUACCCUUACUAUUGCCUCCCGGGCUGGGCGCUUUCUACGUGCGCAGCCGCCGCGGGCACCCAGUGAGCCGGCCUGGGGCGAGGCAGCGAGUGUUCCCGGCUCCCCAGCUCCAGACGGCCGGCAGCUGACGGCUGUGCAGGUCAUGCUUUGUACUGGGGCGCCCACCCGAGGGGGCAAGUGGAGGAUCAAAUCCAGCCCUGGCUCUGCUAUCCGGGACGUGCGCCCUGGAGAUGGGACUGAGUCUGCCCGGAGGGGGCGCCUUUUUCCAAUUUGAACAGAGGCACCCAGUGGCCUAGGGGCUCUGCCCCCCCCCCCAUCACCACCUGCCUGGAAGCCCUUAGACAUUAUUUAUUAUCGCGACAGCGUUGGAUUUGGAUUGUAUCUGCGUGGGGAUGGCGUUUCCCCGGAGUGGAGAGAACUCCUGGAGACCACAUAGCCUGAAUCCCCUGAAGUUCAGGCCUGCCGGGAGCUUCGUGCGCUAGGCCACACUAGUUCAUGGUAUCCAUGCUACCAAUCUAUGUGUAUCUACAUAUCUAUUCUUUUUGGAAAUUGCAUUUGUAAUAAAGGGGGUGCGAAACCCAGGCAGCCCCUAGAAACCCCGGGCCAGGGGUUGGUUUGAACCGUGAAGGGUUUGGUUUUCUGGCCCCUCCCUCCCUGGCGGCAGACCUUGGGUGAGGGUGCCCUAUUGAGUGCUGAAUGUAAGGAAGGAAGCCUCUCUCCCCUCCGCCUCCCCCUCAUCUUUCCUCUCGGAGGCCAGGGCCGCAAGACACUGGGAAGCUCCUGGGAGUCCCAGAACAAGGAGAGAACGAGGCUGGCAGCCCUUCGCAGACAUGUUUCUUUUAUUUCUUUUUAUUUGUUUUAAAUGGGGGGUUCAAACUUGUAGCACUUUUCAGUUGUUUGUAUUCAAAUGAUGGUUAUUUUUGUAUUCAAUGUGAAUAUCCCUGACCAGCCUUUCUAUGGCGUCCUCCGCAGUUUUCCAGCCGCUGGGCCCUUUGUCUCUUAUGUCCACUCUCCACCAUCGCUGUGUCCUGACCCAGGAUUCGCCCGUCCUUGUCCCUGCCCCUGCCCCUAAGACAGGUGAUCCUGUCAACCUCGCCGCUUUUCGCCUCCCUAAGGGCACUGUGCAUUCAACUAGACUAUUAACUUUUAAAAGAUUUGUGAAGUUGGGAAGCUCUAUUCGCUGUAUUUUCCCCUUUAAUUUAUAAACUUUCAGUUUAACAUGCCCUCCUGGACGCCUUGUUUUCUCUGAGCCUCUCUCCGCCGGGCUUUGGGGAAGCCAGUACCAUGGAAAUAUCUGGGGUCCCAUUUCCCAACCUCUUUUCAGUCCUGGACCCAGGCUGCCUGCCCCUCCUGGGAGCACCCUUGCUGGCCACCACCCCCCCGCCCCCUCCCCGGGGAGGGUGUAAACCCUCGCAGCUCAGGGAAUCUCGGCUUCCCGGGACUUUGCAGGAGCCCAGGAUGAGUCCCACUAAUCAGGAGCGGAUCCCUAGGAUUCCCUUUUUCCUCGUGGGCGUUGGUUUCAGAGUCCAGGAAGAGUCCAUAGCUGAACCUGCGCCAGUUUCCAUCCCUCCUCCUAACUUGCUGACCCCAUCCACCUGCCUACAUCUCUGGGCUUUCCAUUUUCCUCGUGUUUUUCUAAGUGAUUCUGAUUUUAUUUUGUUUGGAGAAUAGGCCAGCAAAAACCCUCGCUGAGAUUCCGAAACGAUGAGGGGAGAAUGAGGCUGUAAUAAGGUGUCCCCCGGGAGGGUCACUUGCUCUCUGACCUCAGCGGGGUGCAAAAGGCGCCUCCACUCCCCGGGAGCCCUGGGUCAUUUGAUCGGCACCGAAACCUAAGACAGGAGCAGAGGAAGGGCUGGGCGAGGAUUCGUUGCUACCUGAUUCUAUAGAGGAAUGAGCGCCAGGAUGCCACGGAUCCACCCGAGCAAAAUGCGCACCGCUCCCCUUCGUUCACGCCGGACCGGGCGAGCAAGGAAGGGUUAACGCGCAGGGCAGGCGCCGAGGCCCCGAGCUGGGAAACGCUGAAACAAGGCUCCGGCUACUUUCAAUUUCACCUGGAGGGGACGGGCCGGCUGUCCUCCUCCUCUGGCCGCGACCUCACCCCGCCACGCGACCACCGGGCCUUGACACCUGAAGGCGCAGGCCUGGCGUCUGCAGCCCCAGGGACCGGGCGGAGCAGAGAGUGUCCACGAGCCUUUAAGAAACGGUUCCCGGUUCUGGAAACUGAGAAAGGCAAAGGGAAAGGCCAAGGCCCUCGGGAAGUGCACGCCGUCGUCCCCAAGCCCAGCUACCUUCCAAACGGCUCCCGCAGUCAUUUUGUUUCUUGUUGACACGUUUAAGAGUGAAAUUUUGGUUUCCUAUUCACGCAUGCCAUUUUUUUUUUUAUUUUCGUAGAAAGAACAUUUCCGAUAAUGUUAGACUCUCCUGCCUUCCUCUCUCCAGAGGUCGCCACUACUGAUUUGCGGGGAGGGAGGUGAUUUUUUUCCUCUUCUGAAACCGGCAGUUGGUUGUAGCUGCGUCCUAAGAGGGUGGUUUGUGCUCCAUCCUUGCGGAUUUGGAGUCGUGAGGACUGGGGAGGCCAGGCAGCGCCCCUACCCCCCUCGCCCUCUCUCGGGCUCCCUGCCAGGGCCAAUUCUUCUGGGCUGGCUAGAAACUUCCGGGGAAAAUGACUCAAACGGAUCCCAUCUGACCCGGAUUGUUGCAGUUUCUCUCUGAACCGCCCUGUGGCCGGCCUUGGCGGGAGCGCCCUGAGAUCCGGCAGCCCGAGGCAGCCCCUGGGUCCAGCCUGGCCUCUGAGGAUUUCCCGCUGCUCUGCGACCCAAGACGGUCGCCUUUACUGGGCCCUUCCCUUCGCCGCAGAAGCGGCUCCUGUUGGAAAUGUGUAGUGUUACUAUUUUCAUUUCCUUUUCCUUCUGCACUCACGCCUGGACCCUUUUUUUUAGAGGACGAACAAUUGGUCCUGCUCCCUGCCUGCCCUGCGGGGGGCGGGGGGGGGAGGGUCAUGCGCCCCAGCUGCAGAGCUGGGCGCUGGUCUCAGGUCUGCUCUGGGCCUGGGGGAGCAGAGCGUUGUCACCCGAGCCCUAGGGACUUCUGAACGCUUCAUCUUUCUCAGUCCCCUUCAGCCCUUCCUGAAUCUCAGAGCUGGCCUUGGGGGCCUACUGGGGACCCACACACUGAGGAGGGUAAACUAAGGCAGAAGGAAUGGCUGGAAAAGGGGGGCAGAAAGGCUGUGACUCACCCUGAAAUCAGUCCCAAGGCUCCAGGCCCAGCCUAUGAAUCUCAUUCUGAACUGCCAGUGUCGCUGGUGUGUGUGUGUGUGUGUGUGUGUGUAACUCAAGCUUCCCUCCCACCCCAAAGCCUGUGGGUCUUGGCCUUAGCCAUCCCAAGUUGAUUCCCACUCCAGCAAGUCCCACUCUCAGACCCCCAAGAGUAUCCACCAAGCAGGGGGUGUAUAGGGGUGCCAUCCAUUCUGAAAAUAAAUGUCUUACAGGCCACUCUAGCAAAGGGGGAGAGGUGACAGUGAAUCUGUUCAUUGGAAAAGGUCCGAGGGAGGACUUGGAUGUGCCUUCCCUCUGACAGGUGGGAUUGUGGUAGUUGCAUCCCCAACUCAGGCUGGGGCAGGUGGCAUCUGGGGGAGCGGGAACUGGCAGUGAUGAUAGCCACAGUCAGCCUUCCACCCAGGUAGGAUCUCAUCCAAGGCUUGCAGACUCCCGGAGGUGCUGGGAUGCAGUGACUGGGACUCCCCAACCAGCCCCCGGAGCUCCGUCCCAGGCAGGCCCACAUUUCAACCAUGUUACCUCCCAUCAGGGUUGCCAGGAAAAGGCAGAACAUGGCCUCCCACAAGUCCACGGAGUUCACCUCGCUUUACAGAAGUUCUCUUGCCGUUGCCAACAGAGCCUGAGCAGCAAGGAAAUUAGGUAUUUCCCCAAAGCCCAAAAACUGGUGGAGGAGCUCCUGGGCAGAAGGGAGAGUUGGGGAGCAGGCCCACCAGUGCUGGGGCCUAGGCCAGGGCCUAGGUGCCACAGGGCUUCAAUCUUGCAGGUCACCAACCUCCCUCAGCUAAUAAUCAUAAUAGCUGGGAAGCACACAGAGCUGCGUGGGGACUGCAGGGCCCAGCAAAUGCUUGACAGCACUUUGUAGGUUGGAGAGCGCUGUGGGCGGUAGGGGCAGGUUGUUGCACUGGCUGGUGGCUUAUGGCUACUGCAGAGGCCACGGCCACCAUGCCCUGAGAAGGAAGGAAGCAGGCAAAGAGGCUCCUAAUCCGAGGGAGGCCCAAAGGAGCAGCCAAAGAAUACAGAACGACAGCGACAGCGGUAACAACAGUGAUAACUCCAUUCGUUUGGGGCAUUGCCUUUCCUGCGUCUGCCCCGCACCCAGUCACAGGCCAUUCAGAGGCUGAGUCAGGGUCCUUCAAAGCUCUGAAACCUAGGAGCUGAGGUGACUGGGUGGGUGGACUGUGAGAGCGUGCCUCUCCCAGGCUUGGCUCUGGGAUGGUGGGAUCACAAAGUGUGGGUGUGCUUUCAAAACCCUUUGGCACUGCACAACCUGUAUGGACUUACCAUUAUUCUUGCCAUUAUUAUUGUUGUUGUUAUUAUGAACUUCUGGGCAGUGCUGAUUUGGCUGAUGUGUGAUGAUCUUCCUUGAACUACUGCCUCUGACAGAGGUUCCCAGGUGUCCAGCUGUGUGCUCACUGCAGGGUCCUCAGGUGUGGAGACGCUGGGCCUCGGCCAGGUUUCCAUUCUCCGGAUAAAUAUGCUUUAAUGAUGAAGAAAUAACAAAGCAGGGUUGCAAAAAAAAUGUGCUAUAUUGUAAAUGGCUACAUCAUGUAAUAAAUUAAGGGUGUUUUUUU